AUGGCAUAGUCUUUCACAAUCUUAUAAAAUUCCUUUAAACAUUUUGGAAUGGGCCAUUACAAAGAGUCAAUGGAGGAAUUGCAGAAAUUUAAGCAAUUAAAGGAACAAUCUGAUCAAAAUUAGUCUAUGGUGCAGAUUAAUGAAAAUAUCAUCCUUUGCGAAUACAAUAUAACCAAAGAUGUGAAUGUUUGUAUUGCUAAACUUGAUGAAAUUAUAGACGAAAUUAAAAAGCCUUAAACUCAAAAAAAGAAGAAACAAGAAGAUGACAGCAUUCUAUAAUUCAACAAAGCAGUCCUGCUCUUCUUGAGUGGAAAAGUAAGAUAGGCCCAUAACCUACUGAAAUAAUUGAAAGACAACUAUAAUUUGGACAUCUACUUAAAUAUUAAGGUGCAUUUGCUUUUAGUCGAAACUUCAUUCUAAUUAUAAGAAUAUGUGUAUGCAAGUGAACUGUAUAAGAAAUUAUCAUCGGAAGACACAAUUCAAUCAUUAUAAAAUAAAAGUCACAAGCCCAAUCAAGCAGAUGAUCAAUAACAACAAUCACAAUUAAUAUAUACCUCCUUAUUAUUGGGUUCAGAUUUGCCAUAUCCUGAUGCACACCCUAACACAUUUAGUAAGGAAGAGUUUUUAUUCAUUUUAAAUGUAAUAAAAUUUCGAUUUUACUUGUUUUAAAACCUGAAGGAUUGGAAGUAACAAUUGGCAAAUUUAGAAUAAUCCUUUAAAAACUACAUAUUUUAAUUAGAUUAGCAACCAGGAAUGUAAUAAUAAUAAUCACCCUAAUUUUCAUAUGAAAUUCAAGCAUACUUGAAAUUGCAUGCAUAAAUGAUUGUCAAGUAAUUGAAAGCUCAAAAACUUUCAUCACUGAAUGAAAAUGUAGCAACCUGUAUUAAAAUGAUCAAUCCACAGGCGGAAAUUCAAAAUUAAUAGAAUUUAGAAUUUAUCUAGAAUAAAUAAUACCUUUAUUCUGCUUAAAUUUAUAAUAAUUUAGGAUGUGUGCAUGCAAAGAUUGGCAAGUAUGCCUUAGCUGCUAUAUAUUUCCAUAAGGCCAUUUCCUAAACAAAGUAGGUCUUGUAAUCAGCAAAUCUGUAUGAAAACAUAAUUUAGACCAAUAUUAAACAAAGAUAAUUUGCUAUCUAUCAGAAUUUAGCUGAUGCAUUGUUUAUGGAUUAAAAAUAUUAAAAGGCUCUAAACUUAUACAAUCAAUUAUAAGAUGCUUGUAAUUAAAGUGCAAAGUUUUGGUACAAUAGAGGUGUCUGUCAUAUACAAUUAUAUCAUGAAUCAAUUCCUGAAAAGAAUGAGAUUUAUGAAAUAUCAGAGGAGCAAUCUCAAAUUAAUACUUAGGAUGAUGAAAAGAAAAUUAUACUUUAAAGCAGAGAAAUCUAUAGUGAUGCUGAUGAGGAGUGCUAGGAUUAGUUCUAUAAAAUAGAUUAAAAGAGUGAAGAAAACAAAUUGGUGUAGCCAAAGGCUAUAAAGGAAUUGUUAAAUAAUGCUAUUAAAUCGUUCCGUAAUGCUAUUAUUUUAUCUAAGAAAGAGAAGAGGGAAGAACUCAUUCAGUUAGAUUAGGAAUAAUUGUAAAUUGCAGGUUCACAAUUAUUUGAAUCUUCCAUUGUAUUUUUGACGUAUACAUUGCUUUGUAGAGGAGAUUAUAAUUUAGCCUUGCAAUAAGGAAAGGAGGCAUUGGAAUACAACUUGUCUGAGAACAAUAAAUACAAGAUAAUAUAAUAUGUUUUGGAAGCCUACAUUUCAACAUAGAAGUUUAAGGAAGCCAAUACUUUUUUGAAUAGUAAUGCGAUUGCCACUUUCUUAAACAAAAUUAUCAACAGCAAUUUGUAAUUUUAAUGCAGGAAUGUUAUUGGAAUACAAACCUCUUGCUUUUCCAAUUAUAGUCCUAAGGCUAUAAAUCACUUUAAUUAUGCGGCAUUAUAUUUGCACAAUAAUAAUUUGCCAUAGGCUUGGAACUCUAUAUAAUCAUUGAUGAAUUGUUGUGAAAUUGUGAUAAACUAAAUUAAUCAGGUAAUUCCAGUGCCCAUUCUAAAUUUAUUAAUAUGGUAUUAUUUGAAAUCAGAUUAAGUGUAAUUAGCCCUGCAUUUGAUUAAGAGGAGAAGACUGUUAACAGGAUAAAUGGGAAAAAAUAAAAUAUCUCUGUUAAAUAUUACAAAAUGA